UUUACUUCCAGCAACAAAGACAACUUCACUUAGAAUAGAAGGGGCAGAUGCACCCUAACAAACGCAGCACUUAAUGUAAUGCUCUCCUAUGUUCGUAUUUAUAGAAAAUACUCUAUUAACCAGAUGUCUCUUAACAUCUCUGCUCCUUUAACAGGUAGGAAGUACAACUGCUUGUUUUCAGCUGUGUAACUGGUACCACAAGCAGAUACAACUUCUAAUUUGUCUCUAAGUGUGUGGGGGGGCGGACUUGAGGAGUUGUAGAAAACAUGAAAGCUUCUAUCUUUGUUGCCUCGCUUUUAAUUACUUCAGAACAUGGAACUAUUAAAUUACAAUAUUGCAUGUUCUUUUAGAAAUAAGGAUAAGGUGUAGGUCACUUAAAAGCUCACAAUUUCUUAGUGUCUUGGACAACGCGAAAACUUUGUGGACUACUACAGUUUAAGAAAAUGAAGAAGACUUCUAAUCGUAGUCCCCUUGGCUAUGUAUCCUUCUUGUCAUGGCUAAAACAAUUGAGACACAUCAGAAAUGAAACUCCCGAGUUGUGAAUUAAUAAUAUUAAAAGCGUUGGACAGGGUGAGCAUCUAAGAAACUGACCUCAAAGUUAAGAUUAUUCUUGCCCCUCCCUCACAUUUUUUCUAGCUGACGGACUGCAAUAAACUGAGCGUUUGCAGCUGCAUUCCUUGAGAAAGACAGAAGACAGAUUCUUUCAACCAUGGCAAACCAGGUAAGAUCCUGUGGUGAGAAAUUCAGGUUUGUAGUGUCUAAAUGGAUCCCAGAACCAUACUCAGAAUUCCUAGUAAAUGUAAAGCUGAAAUGGCUGGCUCACUCUGAGUUGGGUGUUCUAGUCCUGUGAUUUCCUCUGCUAAUUUGGUAAUUGGUGGUUGUCCUCUGGAUGCUUGAUCAUAACAACCGAAGCAGGUUGGGGGCAAAACGUUAAGCUUUGCAGUUUGGAUUAUUUGAGCAUGAGUUCUUCUGAAGGAUCUUGUGAGUAACACUCUCUAGGUAAGUUAUGUAGAGGUGUUCUAGAGGAAGAACACUAAAGCCUGCGUAAGUAAAAGCUACUGAAAAACGCCAAUCAUAUUUUUGGAAAUCCUUGUUCUUCAGAAUACUAAAUGAGGGAGGCAACCUGUGUUGUUAUGGCUGUUUCUCUCCUCUUUUCUGUAGUUAUCACACUUCCUUUUUAACUGUGGCUUUUGGGGUGUUUUGUUUUUUGUUUUUGUUUUGUUUUUGGAGGCACUUUUUUUUUAUGCCUCUUAGUUCCUGGCCUUGCAUCUGGGUUUUGAGUUUUCCCCUCAGCCAAGUUAGUGCCUGUUCCUGGUCUGCUUUCUCCUUGCGUUCCAUUAAUGGGCCUCCUGUCGUCAUUCCUGGCCUGAGAGAGUGACUGGCAGCUAGGUAGUGAGGAGAGGCAUCUCACAUAAGGAAGAAGAAUUCCUAGGAAAGGGGAGACAGGGACAGAUGAGAUUUCUUCUGAGCAGGAGUGAUGAUUUCCUGCCUGUUCAUCACUCACUGUGCUACUGAAGACUUUUUUUUUGAGAGUCCAAGAGCUCAAAUGGAGCACAAUCCAGUCCUAAGCUAAUUAACGCAUAGGAUUGACCAGCAUCGAAGGGCUAACUGCUUUUUUCCGAAUUCCAAGAGGAAGCUGUCAAUCCUUUAGCCAGCUUGACAAGUCAGGGGAAUAUGGCUGUUCAUACAAUCCUUUGGCUCUGUUAUUUUUGCCAGGCGUUUUCCCCAGAGGCUGCUUUCCCUCAUGGGAGGCGGAGGGAGAAAUGGGACCCCAGGCUUCUUUCAAGGGCAAGGACUUGCUUGGGAAAAAACGAGAAUGCCUCCAGGCCUACAGCUGGUGGAGAACACCACAGAAAAAACAAAAGAAAAGGAACAAAAUAAACCCAGGAAGAAUAGAGUUUGUUAGUAGUAGUAGUUCAGCCAGACCAGAUUAUUCAAUAUUUGUUGGGGAGCUUACCCCAGAAGUGGGUGAUUUCCAGCUCUGUGACUAUUUCCUAAAGAGGUAUCCCUCAUGUAUUGACUGCAAAAUAGCAACAGACCUGCUGGGAUAUUCCAGAGGGUAUGCCUACGUCAGAUUUGGUGAGCAAGGUGAUCAGAUGAGGGCACUGCAAGACUGCCAGAAUGCACCAGGUCUGGGGGGAAAACGAAUCCGGCUGAGCAUAGGAAUUUCUAAAAGGUAA